GAAGUUCAGGGGACGAUGAAUGUGUGUGCGUGUGUGAGUUUAAUUGUGAGGUAUAUAGGAGCUCUGCCUGCCGUCAGAAGGCAACAGCAGCCCUCCUCUUCCUCUCAGCCUCCUACAGCUGCAUCGCUCGAGCCGAUUUCCCACCCAGGCCAUUGCAAGAUGACGUCACUUCCGGUAUUGGCAUGCUGCCUUCUGCUCGGUCUCUUCGUCGCCAUUUGGGCCCAGGACGCGGUGACGACGGUGGAACCUCCUUCCAUGAAAGACAUCGAGGGGAAAAUCAAAGACAACGAUGACCAAGCCCCCAAAGUGUUGAAGCACAUGUGCGAGCAGAUGAUCGACGAGAUGGAUGAAAUGGAGGCUGAACCAAAAGAAAAGAGAAGCAAGCGGUCUGCAGGCUAUGGCUAUGGUGGUCUUGUUAACUACGGCUCGGCCUACGGCGACGACGGCUACGCUGGCGGCUAUGGUGGCUAUGCAGGAGGCUACAACAACGGAGGCCACAUCAGCUAUGACCAGACCUAUUCUCAUUCUCCAGUCCUGACUUUCGUCAAGGGCUUCAGACCCGGCAAGUCCUACGUGGAACAGGGCAAGGUGAUCCGCAACUACUACCGUCACGGCUCCUACGAGGUUGCCCUCCAGCACUACAAGUUCAUCCCCGUCAUCAAGGUGGUCCCAUUCACAUCCUAUAACACCAUCGGCUACACUGGACACAUUCAAGCCGCUAACGACUACACCGCCACCAUCUGCAAGGACUGCUACUACGGCUACCCCAAGAUCGACGUCAUAGCCAACAGGUCCCCCUACAGCUACGUCACCCGCCGUUUCGUGUACCUUCCCGAGUCCUACAACAUCGUGGGUGGUUAUGGCAACCAUGGAGGAUAUUAAAAUAUGGCGGACACACUUACAAGGUCACGUGAAGUGGUAUCACUAUGGCUGAGGAGAACUCUUGAGCUUUACAAGAUUUCAUGGAGAUAGCAUAUUAUAGUUUCUAUAGUCUGUGGUAUAGGUUUGCACUAGCGCAAUUAUUAUUGGCUUACUCAUUUGAGGACGAAAACAAAUGUUUCGUUUCAACUGGUCUGCUGAUAAUCCUUUGCUGUACGGUGGCUCUGUUCAGAUUAGUUUUUAAUGUCUUUUUACGAAUAAGGACUGUUGAAAGAAAAAAAAAGAAUUUGAUCUUUUUUUUAUAUAGACUUCUUCCUGAUUAAGCUAGACGACUAUAUAAGUUAAAGGUCAAGUUUUACUAACGACAGUUUUUCUCACAUUUUUGAUUGUGAAAUCGCUAUCGUGUACAGUUCGGUAAAUCACUGCUGUUUCGUGGCUGCCUUUGUACAGCGAAUGAUUGCUAGUGUACAAGAUGCUUCCCGUUUGUGAGUAAAGACUGUUUUGAACUACAAAA